GGGAGGUGAAGAGAACGGAUGAAACAUUUGAAGCUCAUAUUGACAUGCUGCUAUGAAGGCUCCUGUGAGUCCAGCCAUGGAUGGCGUGUUAGAAGGAGCGGCGGUGUUGUGUGUGUGUAAGCUGGCCUGCAGUCUCCUCUCCCUGCCAUCAUUGGCUGCCUCCUGCAGUCUCGUCAGCUUCUGCUGCUGCUGCCUCCUGGUCUUCACCGACUUCCUGGUCACAGUUUUUCUAAGUUUCCUUUGCAUCUUUGAGUCCUGGCUCACUGAGCUGACCCCGCUAGGCGAUGUCAUCGCCCUGCGCUACCUGAUCUUUCUCAGCCACACAUACGGUGCGGUGUUGCUCCUGAUCACACCUCUGAUUGCUGUGGAGAUUCUGACCAGACUGCUGUGGCCUUACUGCGUUGUCGUUGGCAGGACAGCGAGUGUAACAGUGGGCUCUGAUGGACAUUGUAAUGUUGGCGAGGUAACUGUGGACGAGGAGGAAAGCAAAGACAACAAGGACAUAGAAAAGAGGUUGUCUCAAGUUGUCAGCUACCUCUGCUGCCUGUCAGUGUGGGUCACCGUUGCCCUCAAUGUCAGGUGGCGAUGGAAGCGGGAGGAAGUGUGGGUUGCUGCCUGUUUGCACACAACCAACUCCCUCAUCAGAUGUUUGCCCAACCUAUUCAGCCCCAUGCCCAGCAUUGUGAAUCCCUGCUGGGGCAUGGCCUUCCUCUCUUUCCUCCUGUUCUUCCUGACCACGAGCCUGGGCCUGCACAGACGAGACCGGGACCCUGCACAGACACACAGAGAGAAACAUGGAGUUAACAACAACGGUUACAGUUUCUGGCAAGAACUCGUUCCAGCGCCGUCUGCGUCCUCCAAGCCUGUGAACCCUGGGAUGUCUGAGUCAGAGCCAGCACAGUGUGUUGACCCAGAGAAAACAGAGAGCAGCUGCACUGUUCACAGAGCGUAUUCCUGGAACAGCGUGCAGAUGUCGGCGCAUCACCAUGGAGACUUUGUCCUCAUCUCCCCUGAAUGUUUGUCUGCAGAGAGAGGACAGGAGCACGAAAGGACAAAGAGAGGUAUUCCUCGUACAUAUAUCACGGAGGAGCAUGUGGACUCAAAAAAAAGGAGCCAUAGUGAGUGGCGACAGGGGGGUUUUCCCCGCCCAGGGGUGAAUGUAAUGAUAGGGUUGGUGGGUGUGCUCUCCAUCUUUGUGCUGCCUCUAAACCUCAGUGUGAACAUUCUUCUGAUCAGGACUAUAGAGACUCUGCUGGAGCUGUGUAUCACAUAUUUAGUUUCAUCUGCCGCAAACACAAGCAACGCAUCCACCUCUCACAAUGAAACACUUGUAUGAAGCCAGACGGGUGAGAAGCAAAAGUAGAUGCUGAUUGGACGCUAUUUGCAACAGGAUCACCUGAUUAAUAUUGUAUGUGUGCAGACAGCAGGUCUACCUGUCAACAGCAGUUUGAAUAGAGUGUAAAUAAGCAUUUCUGAGCAGCUAUUCACAUGUGAGGAAUAAUAUGUGGAAACGUGGUGAAAUGUGCUGAGGAGGCAGGUUGAGGCAUGCUUGCAGUAGGACACUAAAGCAGAGUAAAACAGACGGCUGGAAGGCCUGUUUUUAUUGUUCAGAGCCUUAAGAUCUGCAGCGAGUUGUCAUUACUCAAUGGGUUAUAGAAUGAGCCUCUUCAGCGUGAAGAGUAAU